AAAAUCCCUCUCAUCCCAAUGUUCUUACAUCUUUCCCCAGCCUCGCCAAACACCACCGCUCAGCUAGCUUCUCCAAGUUGAACGAUUCACUAACACACACAAACCAAAAAAGAAAAAGAAAAAAGGGAAGCUUGAACUGCUAAAAAAAGUAGGCAUGAAACGAAGGAGGAAUCAGAGGAAAAAGAAAGUAAACGAUGAUGGUGAAAAAGAAGAAGAAGAAGAAGAAGAAAAAGACAGAAUCAGCAGUUUACCAGAUUCCAUUCUUCACGAAAUCCUCUCUUCCAUGGACGACCUCGCCUCCGCAAUUCAGACCUGCGUGCUGUCAAAACGAUGGCGGUAUGUUUGGACUUCCCUCCCCAACCUCCGCUUCGAUUUCAAUCAACUAGAUGAGGUCAGUAUGUCUCGUUUCAAACGCUUCGUCAAUCAGGUAUUGGCUCUCCGAGAUAACAACUCCAAUGUCUACAUAUUCUACUUCUCGUCCGGUUAUCUUGUUGACCCAUGCCUGUUCAAGAAAUGCAUAUCUUACGCAGUUCGCCACAAUGUUCAACAACUCCAUCUCAACGCAUUUGGUUAUUCAGAGCUCGAUGAUUUUCCUCUCUGCUUCUUUAACUAUGCCUCUUUAAAAGAACUUAAAUUGGCCAAUUGUGGCAACAAUAGUAUGCUUCUGGACAAGCCCUUGCGAUUUCCGGCAUUAAAGACUUUGCAUCUUAAUCGUUUCGGACGUGACUCUGCCAAUUUCAUCACUCAGACUGUUGGGAAUUGUCCCAAUUUGGAAACUUUGAUUUUGGAUUGCUUAUACCUUAAUUGUUUUAAUAUCACUGCCCCUAAACUUAGGAAGUUGGAAUUAUGUUACGCUGAAGAUUCUCUUGGACUGUAUUAUGAAUCGGAGAUUGUGAUUUCAGCACCUAGACUGACUUCAUUCAAGUUCGAAGGUCAUGCUUCGCCUGUCUUUUCUCCGGCCAGCUUUCCCUGUUUGGACCAUGUAUAUGUGGAUGUGAUCCCAAUGUUUUAUAGGUUUCAGCUUGCUUCAAUCGUCAAGGAAAGGAUGCCACUCAAUGUGAUCAAUAUGCUUGGACAGCUUCGAGAAGCAAAAUCCGUUACACUGUCCUUGUCGACGCUUGAGGUUCUUGCAAUGGAUCCUGAUUCUCUCAGAAGUCAUCCUUCUCCAUUUCACAAGUUGAAGCAUCUACAGUUGACACAAGGAGGAUCAUCCUCGUCUUUAUCUCUACCGCUAAAUGUGAUUAACUACUUGAGCCAAGGUUUAUCAUGUGACGGAACCUUGGUUAUGAACUUCUUCCCUAGGUGUAAAUGGAAAGCAUUCACAAUGAAAAAUGGUGUAAAUGGAAAGCAUUCAUAAUGAAAAAUGAUCAAUCUUCCAAAAUCCUUCAAGUUCGGCUCCAAAUAGUGAGAAGGCCCCUGUAGUUCUAGGGUAGUUGUAAAUAGUUUUUAAGUAGACUGUAAAUAUGGGGUGGUUGUACAUGUGGGUUAUUGGUUUCUUGGUUGUGGAAGGAGCAGAAUGCUAGAUUAUAUCGGAUAAUUGCAGGGACUCUAGAACUAUUGUUGAAGAGAUUGAAGCAAAUGUUAGAGCUCAACUCUGCUUACACAGAGCCUGAAAGUUGCAAGGUAAAUGGAGGCAACUAGACUUUAUCUUUGCAAAUGGUGGAUAGUUUAGUAAAUGCUACCUAUUAUUGAGUUUGCCAAAAUAUCUUAUGAAUUAAUGGGAAUGUUAUUGGUUUUGUA